CGACAAAAACUACAAAAUUUCGUGUUUUGACACCUUUAAUACUAAUCAUACUACCAUGAUACGAUUGAUGACUCGGUAUUUGCACAUGUUUUCCCCUUUGUUUCUUGAUUGUUUGAGCUUGAAUUAUUGCGUCUUUGGCCUAUUUUAUGCUAGGUUGUGUUCCUUUGUCCCAUUUCAGGUCCUAGCACAUAAAGUGAAGCAUAGGCGCAAGUUUCAAGUCAAUCAGAGAUCAAUUGACGAUUCGAGAGAAGAAACUCGGGCAUGACCUGAAGAAGAAUGGAUUUCUACCUCACUUUAUGGACAAAGAAUCAUGCAAGCUUGUUAUGAAACGAAAGAGGACGAGACUACGAGCGUCUGGGAUCAAACGGCGAUUGAUUCGGAGUCCGGACGAGGGAGAAACGAAGCAUUAAACAGAGGCUGAGCAAGCUGCACGGGCAGACCAGCGUGGCCACGCACGGCCGUGCAAGUGACCAGUUUGGCCGUGCGGGAUUGUGCGUGGGCACGCACGGGCACAAGUGAAAUCCGCACGGCCGUGCAACAUACAAUUCUGGCCGUGCGAGUUGGCUGAGGUUCAACUAAUUGAUACGCCGCGUUUUGAGGUGCACGGCCAGAAUGGUGAUGUGCACGGCCGUGCACCCUGGCCGCGCGAGUCGGGAUUUCCUGGUUUUAAGCCAAAUUCCGAACCAAAGAAAGAGGAGAGCUGGGUUUUGGAUCCCAAACACCCAAGGGACGAACCCUAGAGAGAGAGGGCGAUUUGAGGGCAUUCUUGGAGUAGAGUUGGAGGAUUUCUUCGCCUUGGAAGCUCGAGGAACAAGCCCGGACUUGAAGACUGAUCAUCUGAAGAUUCUUACUGCAGUCUCUCUCUUCUCUAUGGAGUAACUUCCCUUCACUUAGGUUUUGAGGAACCCUAGCUAUGUUUGUUUGAUUGGAUGAUUGUAUGAGUACUCUGACUUGAUAAUCUUGAGUUCAUAUUCAAUCUAUGCAUGUUUUCAUGAUUCAAUUCUGCUUUAGUCGAGAUUAUUGAUUCUGCUUUGAUUCUAUGAGAGGGAAUACCUGAUUAGGUCAAUAGAGCACCAUAGAUUGAUAGUAGUGGAUCGAUUGCUUUAGUCGAGGGUUGAUUCACUGCUUUGUAUCGAUUGAGAACCUCUUUCGAUAGAGGGAGUCUAGUUCAGAACGCCUUGAUCAGUUGUUCUAGAGAAGGAUACGUCCCUCUAGGCAAUUGACUCAAGAGGGCCUUGUUCCUUUAGUCGAGACUCAAGGUCUAGUCAAGGAUUCUCCGCAUUGUGAAUGAAAGUGAAACAGGUUA